AUGGAGAACUUUGAUCUGUUGGCCCUCAGCUGCGAUCGGGGAAGUGGUCAGCAGGCCCUGUCCGAACUUUCUUUCAGUGAAGAAAAAACAAUGAAUCUGCCCAAGGACAUAGUACAGGGACCAGAGGGGAUCUCUGUCCACAAUACUGUCUCACCACGGACUCCAAAGUAUUUCACUGGCGUGAUAUACCGCAAGUGCACAGAACAUGGCUGGAGCAAAUUUAUCCCGGACUUCAAUGAGACUUGUGAACUUCCGAAAGAACUCUCGAAUGAAUUCAGUAGUAACCUGAAGACUUAUUAUAUCAACAUUAAAAAUGGGUACACAGUCGGAUAUAUUACAUCCAUGAUCGCCUUGGUAAUUGCCAUCAUCAUAUUCACAGCCUUCAGGAAAUUUCACUGCACUCGCAAUUACAUCCACUUGAAUCUCUUUGUCUCCUUCGUCCUCCGCGCUGCUUCAGUCUUGACCAAGGAUGCCAUCUUUUUCUCGAGCAACGCAAUAGACCAUUGCUCCAUCUCAACGGCGACCUGUAAAGCUGCAGUCACCUUCUUCCACUUCUGCACCCUGGCCAACUUCACGUGGCUGAUGGUCGAAGGGUUGUACCUCCAGACCCUGCUCAGCCUCGCCUUUGUAUCCAACAAAAAGUACUUCUGGUCGUACUGUUUCAUCGGUUGGGGGGCUCCAACCAUUGUAAUUGUGAUUUGGAUUAUUGUGAAGCUGAAUGUGGAUAACAGAGUAUGUUGGGAUGACAAUGCGAAUGAAUACAUCUGGUGGAUAUUAAGAGGCGCCAUCCUCCUCACGGUUCUGAUUAACUUCCUAAUAUUCCUGAACAUCAUUCGUGUUCUCAUGCAGAAACUGAGAUCACCAGAUGUUGGAGGGAACUCCCCCUCCCAUUUCAUGAGACUAACAAAAUCGACGCUGCUGCUGAUCCCGCUGUUCGGGGUCCAUUAUAUAGUGUGUGCAUGUUUUCCCGAUAACGUUGCAGAAGAUCUGAAGAUCUUCAUCGAACUCGGCAUCGGAUCAUUUCAGGGCUUUAUCGUGGCUUUACUAUACUGUUUCUUGAAUGGAGAGGUUCUGGCCGAGCUGAGGAAGUGUUGGAGACGGCAAUGGCCUGAGAGGGAAAUACCCUUCAAGACAAGGCGUAAACGGAACUUGUCGACAGAGAGCAGUGGGAUAGCCUACGCCACACAGAUCUCCUUGCUGGACAGGUUCAGUCCAAAACGGAAAACAUCAGACAGGGAAAACAGCCUCCACCCGUUCUGA